GGCUUCCCUUGGUAAUAUCGAUAGCCUAUCUUUCCACUUUAGAUCUAAGCUUUAGUCCACUCAUUACUCCUUGGUAAUUCAUUAGGUGCGAUGUCUCUCCCAUGUGACACGGGUUCUGUGGAGUUGGCAACCUACAGGGGGUACGUCUCCGAGAGGUUAAACAAGAGUGAACGACUGGAUGAACGGAAAUUGGGCGAGGUACGACUUCCCAAAGUCUCGCGCAAUGUGGGCACAACGCUCGUAGGGGAUACAAAAAGUGAGGGUAGGGGGAGCUUACUGUCAUCGGUUCUCUACACCGAUGACUAUGGUACUAGCAUUAUAUCCGACGUGCAUGCGGUGUUUGGUCCUCCGCAUUCGCAGACACCAGAUGAGGGCCGCCUCAAUGUUUUCGUCAGUGCACCUUUUUUGAAGGACAACGGGGGCUUUGCUUCACCUGGUAGUCAGAACAACACUGUCAUUACCAAUGGCUUAGCCGAUUAUCCGCUUCGGCAGACGGAGGGCUACGUGAGAGGUGUACUCGAAUCCUGUAUAGACCUCCGACAGCUAUGUGUGUAUGCCAAUGAAGCAUGUUGGGUCUUGACUACGAGCCUGACGCUUCUAAAUGUUGAUGGGGCGUUACGAGCCUCAGCGCUUCACGCAGCAGUGGCAGCUCUUUACAAUUUAGCUUUACCACGGGCUCAGCUUCCUAAUGGUGAUGUGGUUAACCAAAUAGAUCUGCAUUUCUCCUGUGUGCCGAUCGCUUGCACCUUUGGCGUUCUUCCCAAAGAGACCCUGAGCUUUCUUGUCGACACAACUGCAAUAGAGGAGAUGGUUUGUGAUGGAGUCAUCACUGUGGCUGUGGAUGAGACUGGUGGGCUAGUGGAUUUUUACCAGUUAUGUAGUCGUUCACUACCUCCGCAGGUGCUUAUUUCUGCCUCUGAGGCGGCCUAUCGUUUGUCCGGAGAUAUUAGGAAACGCUUAAUAGGGAAAUGAUGAAUUUUUUAGAAGUACAUUUUCGAAGCCCUAGGGAGGAGGAGGAGGCGACGCUCGUCACACACACACAAAAACUAAACCUUAUUAUCCUCUACCUACUGUGUACAAUGACGCAUCUUGUCUGACAAACAACUUCAAAUAAUUAGAUAAGAUGUCAAUUAAAUCAUUUUAAGUAAAAAUUACAUAAGUAAUAUGAAGCAGCAGUAGAAAAUGCUGAGACGU